UACAACUAAUAAUACUAGGUACUGUAGGUUGGUACGUAGGUGCCGAUGUGCACUUUUAAUUCUCCGAGGCUCUUUAUAAUAAACCAUCGUCCAUCGUCUCCCCAGCAUCUACAUAUAUUAUUCUAUUACUCUAUUGACAUAAAAGGUAUUGAUGCGUACUAUAUUUCAAAAAGAAAGCUUGGAAGUUUAAAGGUACCUGUUUGAAGUUACCUAAGGUACCUUCACAGUAGUAAGUAAAAUCCAACAUUGAAAUAUAAAUAGCCCUUGUCCAGUUGUUCUUGCCGUCAAUCGUCAAAUACGAUUAGCGAUUACCCCACCAACAAGAACCCAGCAGUACGGGAUUAUAUUUACUUUAACCUCUUUUUACCCCGCCAUGACAUGACUUCAAUGUUCCUUGUCCAUCUUCGUGCCUCAUCAACCUUUCUUUACAUCACCACCUGGGCACUUGACAAACAAUAUUCCUAGUUCCUAGCUACCUAUUUACUUACUCCAAACCAUCUAGCCUACUCAUCUACCUGCCUAAUUUAACAAUACCUACCCUGGUACUUUGCUAAAGCUUCGCAUUCGCAACUAGAACACCUAACUACCUACCUAAUCAACUUACGACAAUGGUUGACCGACGUAACAAACCUAUGGCCUUGGCCACCACCCCGGGUCUACCGCCUCAACCCCAAGUUCACUUCUCUCAUGGUAAUUCGCGCGUUAUCGCCGUCUUACCCACUGGUGAUAGUGUAGAGGUGCUAUUGUAUGGCGCUACCGUCACCAGCUGGAAAGACCGCUUCGGAACAGAAAGGCUCUGGCGGUCCGAUGCCGCCAAACUUGACGGAUCCAAACCCGUACGAGGCGGAAUUCCUCUUGUCUUUCCUGUAUUUGGUACAUCGCCUGACCACGCCGCAACUGCGAAGCUUCCCCAGCACGGAUUUGCGCGUACCUCGCGCUGGGAAUUCCUAGGCAAAUCGAGCUCCGAGUCAGCCGGUGCGUCUGAUAGCUCCGUCAAGCUUGAUUUCGGUCUCUCGUCCAACACACUCGACGACAAUACCAAAGCCCUAUGGCCAUACACCUUCUCCAUCAUCUACAGCGUCACCCUGACUCCGGAACACUUGGGUACUAGCAUCGUCAUUACUAAUGAUGGUGAUCAGCCCAUCGAGUUCCAGGUCUUGAUGCACACUUACUUGAGGAUUAGCGACAUCACCAAGAUUCAAGUGACCGGCCUCGAAGGCUCGGACUACGUUGACAAGGUGGAUGCUGCCCAAGCGAAGAAGCAAUCAGGCGCCAUUACCAUUGCGGGCGAAACAGACAGGGUAUACUCGCCGGCCACGGAUCCCACAAAGCCCGUGAUUAUCACAGAGGAGGGGGAGACAGUUUUCAACAUCGUACGCGACAACCUUAAGGACGUUGUCGUGUGGAACCCCUGGACAGACAAGGCUGCUGGCAUGGGCGACUUCGAGCCCAAAGACGGCUUCAAGAACAUGAUCUGCAUCGAGGCGGGCUCGGUCAAGGGAUGGGUUACGCUUGACCCCAGCGACGCAUUUGAGGGCGCUCAGACCAUCUCCGAUUGACUUGACGAUGGUCCAGCUGGCAGGAAGAUUGGGGGUAGAUUAUGAAAGGCAAUGAUCAUCUAGGUAGUCAAUGAGCCAGUUGAUGAAGGAUGAGGGGGGGUUCAGACAAAACUGGCCUGAUGUGAAAAUGAAAGAGAAUCACGGAACUUUAUGAGAAAUCAUUGGUAGAGCUCCUUUUACCUUUGUUUUUUUAUGACCUAUCAUCUCUCUUAUCUUUCCUGGUGGAAGGUGAGAAGGUGAGAAGGUGAGAAGAUAUGGGAAAUGAUAUGAUAUGAUAUGAUUUGAUGAGAGUCGUAACUUAACUAGAUUUGUUGAAGCGAGCGAAUCGAUCUAUCCCGAUUGGCAUGAUCUAUGUGUGCUUAUAUAUAUAUAUAUAUAUAUGUGUGUGUGU